AAUAAGGCCUCAAUCAGCCCAGCUGGAUGGCCCUUUGCACCGACUGCACCGUCAGGCCAGGAGAACGCUGACCACAACACUCAGUCAUGUGAACGGAGGAUGGCUGCCAGGCCAGGCCUGGUUUGUUGGCUGUUGCUGCUGCCAAAUGGCCUGAGUGACCUACAGAGGGGGAGAGGGAGAGAGAGAGAGACGGAGAGAGACAGAGGGGGGAGUGAGACAGCGGGAGGGGGACAUAGGGGGAGGAAGAGAGAGACGGAGAGAGACAGGGGAGCGGGACAGAGGACGAGAGGGACAGAGGGGGAGAGGGAGAGACUGAGAGAGACGGGGGGGGGGGGGGGUUUGGUGGGGGGUUAGAGAGGGUAGAGAGACAGAGAGGGAGAUACAGAGAGAGACAGGGGGUAUGCUAAUAGAGCAGACCUAACUCACUCUAUUAAAUUAAUCAAAACAGGAACAUUUUACAUUUGGCUAGAAAUUUAAAAAAGGAAAUUAUCUCAACAGAGAAAAAUGUCCUCCUUUGUGUUACCUAUAUCCCCCCACUAGAAUCCCCAUACUUUAAUGAAGACAGCUUCUCCAUCCUGGAGGGGGAAAUCAACCAUUUCUAGACCCAGGGACAUGUACUAGUCUGUGGCGACCUAAAUGCCAGAACUGGACAAGAACCUGACACCCUCAGCACACAGGGGGACAAACACCUACCUGGAGGUGACAGCAUUCCCUCCCCCAUAUGCCCCCCUAGGCACAACUACGACAACAUAACCAACAAAAACGGGUCACAACUCCUGCAGCUCUGUCGCACACUGGGUCUGUACAUAGUCAAUGGUAGGCUUCGAGGGGACUCCUAUGUUAGGUACACCUAAAUCAAAUCAAAUCAAAUCAAAUUUUAUUGGUCACAUGCGCCGAAUACAACAGGUGCAGAUAUUACAGUGAAAUGCUUACUUACAGCCCUUAACCAACAGUGCAUUUAUUUUAAACAAAAAAAGUAAGAAUAAAACAACAACAAAAAAAGUGUUGAGAAAAAAAGAGCAGAAGUAAAUAAAGUGACAGUAGGGAGGCUAUAUAUACAGGGGGGUACCGUUGCAGAGUCAAUGUGCGGGGGCACCGGCUAGUUGAGGUAGUUGAGGUAAUAUGUACAUGUGGGUAGAGUUAAGUGACUAUGCAUAAAUACUUAACAGAGUAGCAGCAGCGUAAAAAGGAUGGGGUGGGGGGGCAGUGCAAAUAGUCCGGGUAGCCAUGAUUAGCUGUUCAGGAGUCUUAUGGCUUGGGGUAGAAGCUGUUGAGAAGUCUUUUGGACCUAGACUUGGCACUCCGGUACCGCUUGCCGUGCGGGGAGGCUGGAGUCUUUGACAAUUUUGAGGGCCUUCCUCUGACACCGCCUGGUAUAGAGGUCCUGGAUGGCAGGAAGCUUUGCCCCAGUGAUGUACUGGGCCGUACGCACUACCCUCUGUAGUGCCUUGCGGUCGGAGGCCAAGCAGUUGCCAUACCAGGCGGUGAUGCAACCAGUCAGGAUGCUCUCGAUGGUGCAGCUGUAGAAUUUUUUGAGGAUCUGAGGACCCAUGCCAAUCUUUUUUCCUAUAGCUCAUCUCUUGGCAGUAGUACUGUAGACUACUUUAUCACUGACCUCAACCCAGAGUCUCUCAGAGCGUUCACAGUCAGCCCACUGACACCCCUAUCAAACCACAGCAAAAUCACAGUCUACUUGAACAGAGCAAUACUCAAUCAUGAGGCAUCAAAGCCAAAGGAACUGAAUAAUAUUAAGAAAUGCUAUAGAUGGAAGGAAAGUAGUGUCGAAACCUACCAAAAAACAAUUAGGCAAAAACAAAUUCAAUCCCUUUUAGACAACUUCCUGGACAAAACGUUCCACUGUAAUAGUGAAGGUGUAAACUUGGCAGUAGAAAACCUAAACAGUAUAUUUGACCUCUCAGCUUCCCUAUCAAAUCUAAAAAAUCUCGAACAGAAAACCGAAGAAAAGUAACAACAGUGACAAAUGGUUUGAUGAAGAAUGCAAAAACCUAAGAAAGAAAUUGAGAAACCUAUCCAACCAAAAACAUAGAGACCCAGAAAACCUGAGCCUACACCUUCACUAUGGUGAAUCACUAAAAAAUACAGAAAUACACUACGGAAAAAGAAGGAACAGCAUGUCAGAAAUCAGCUCAAUGUAAUUGAAGAAUCCAUAGACUCUAACCACUUCUGGGAAAAUUGGAAAACACUAAACAAACAACAACACGAAGAGCUAUCUAUCCAAAACGGAGAUGUAUGGACAAACCACUUCUCCAAUCUUUUUGGCCCUAUAACAAAGAACAAACAGCAAAAAAAGAUUGGACUGAUCACCCCAAUCCACAAAAGUGGAGACAAAUUUGGCCCCAAUACCUACCGUGGGAUAUGCGUUAACAGCACCUUGGGAAAAUCCUCUGCAUUAUCAUUAACAGCAGACUAGUUCAUUUCCUCAGUGAAAACAAUGUACUGAGCAAAUGUUAAAUUGGCUUUUUACCAAAUUACCGUACGACAGACCACGUAUACACCCUAAUUGACAAACAAUCAAAACAAAACAAAGGCAAAGUCUUCUCAUGCUUUGUUGAUUUAAAAAAAGCUUUUGACUCAAUUUGGCAUGAGGUUCUGCUAUACAAAUUGAUGGAAAGUGGGGUUGGGGGAAAAACAUACGACAUCAUAAAAUUCAUGUACACAAACAACAAGUGUGCGGUUAAAAUUGGCAAAAAAACACACAUUUCUUUCCACAGGGCUGUGGGGUGAGACAGGGAUGCAGUUUAAGCCCCACCCUCUUCAACAUAUAUAUCAACGAAUUGGCGAGGGCACUAGAACAGUCUGCAGCACCCGGCCUCACCCUACUAGAAUCUGAAGUCAAAUGUCUACUGUUUGCUGAUGAUCUGGUGCUUCUGUCACCAACCAAGGAAGGCCUACAGCAGCACCUAGAUCGACCUGGGCCCUGACAGUAAAUCUCAGUAAGACAAAAAUAAUGGUGUUCCAAAAAAGGUCCAGUUGCCAGGACCACAAAUACAAAUUCCAUCUAGACACCGUUGCCCUAGAGCACACAAAAAACGAUACGUACCUCGGCCUAAACAUCAGCGCCACAGGUAACUUCCACAAAGCUGUGAACGAUCUGAGAGACAAGGCAAGAAGGGCCUUCUAUGCCAUCAAUAGGAACAUAAAAUUUGACAUACCAAUUAGGAUCUGGCUAAAAAUACUUGAAUCAGUUAAUAGAACCCAUUGCCCUUUAUGGUUGUGAGGUCUGGGGUCUGCUCACCAACCAAGAAUUCACAAAAUGGGACAAACACCAAAUUGAGACUCUGCAUGCAGAAUUCUGCAAAAAUAUCCUCAGUGUACAACGAAAAACACCAAAUAAUGCAUGCAGAGCAGAAUUAGGCCGAUACCCACUAAUUAUCAAAAUCCAGAAAAGAGCCGUUCAAUUCUACAACCACCUAGAAGGAAGCGAUUCCCAAACCGUCCAUAACAAAGCCAUCACCUACAGAGAGAUUAACCUGGAGAAGAGUCCCCUAAGCAAGCUGGUCCUGGAAGCUGCACUUCCUAACCUCCUGCCAAAUGUAUGACCAUAUUUGAGACACAUAUUUUCCCUCAGAUUACAACAGAUCCACAAAGAAUUCGAAAACAAACCCAAUUUUGAUAAACUCCCUUAUCUACUAGGGUGCAAAACAGUGUACUGUUUAUAUUUAUUGAUUAUUUCAAUUUGUUUACUAUCUACUUCACUUGCUUUGGUAAUGGUUAACAUAUGUUUCCCUGCCCAGAUAAAGCCCUGUAAAAUUGAAGAGAAGAGAUCGAGCGGAGAGAGAUAGAGAGGGAGAGAGAGGGAUAUAGGUAGAUAGAGGAGAGAAGAGAGAUGAGCAGAGAGAGAGCGAGAGAGAGAGAGAGCGACUAUACGCGGAUCUCUCUCUCUCUAUCGUCUCUCUCUUCUCUCUCUCUCUCUGCUCUCUCUCUGGCUCUUCUCUCUCUCUCUGCUCUCCUCUCGUCUCAUCUCUCUCUCCUCUCAUCUCUCUCUUAGAGAAGCUGUGUCAGCUUGAUGAAGGCACAGGCUACAGACAGUCUCUGUAGUAUGUCACUGGCCUGGUCAUGGCUAGUAGCCUUCCUUCCUUUCAAGUGGCUUUUCCUCUUCUAUGGAACACAUGAAACAGGCUGGCUUUCCAUAAGGCUUGGGUGUGUCUGCUCUGCUCCAUACUGCAGAUUGAUCUAGUAGUGGUGUGUGUCUGCCUGCCAGCAGUUGGGUCCUGUGUGUAAUUAACCCAGCUUCUCAUACAGAGCUGGCUCUCAGCAGGGUGCACAGUGUUAUGGCGGGCCCGGUGCUCAUGCCAGCUCCCGUUAGGUCGUUCGUGGGGUCGAGCUGACGGCUGUUGUAGGCGAGGGAGGGAGGGAAGGAGGGAGGGAGGGAGGGGGAUGGAGUGGGGAGGAGGAGGUAGAGAGGGAGUGGAUAGAAGGGAUAGGAGGGGAAAAACUGGGAGGGUGAGGAUCCUUCCUUCUCUCUAUUCUUCUUUCUGUCUUUAAGAGGAGAGGGAGGGAAGGUUGGAUGCAAGGGUUAGAGGGAGGGAGGGCCCCAGCCCAGCCCAGCCCAGCCCAGAUGUUUCCCAACAUCAGGUAGUUAUGUUAGUAACAUGCCAACCAUGCCUGGGAAUCCUCUGGACCUGAUGCUGCAGCUCAACUACAACACACAGACGGCUCACUGUUCUGUUCUACUCUACUCUGUUUCUAUACUGUUGUAUUUUCUACUUUACUCUACGCACUGUGCCUGUCUGGACACCAUGGUAACUAACACCAUGGUAACUAACUCAUGACGUUCACAGACUCCCACCAUCCCAUCUGGGUUAGGGUUAGGUAACUAACACCAUGGUAACUAACUCAUGUCUCCUCUCCUCCCCAGACGUUCACGGCCUGGUGUAACUCCCACCUAAGGAAAGCCGGAACGCAGAUCGAGAACAUCGAGGAGGACUUCAGGGACGGACUGAAACUCAUGCUGCUGCUGGAGGUCAUAUCAGGUGAGGAGGAGUGGCCUGGUGCCUACAUGAUGUAUCUAUAAUGGUGCCCACAUGAUGUAUCUAUAAUGGUGCCCACAUGAUGUAUCUAUAAUGGUGCCCACAUGAUGUAUCUAUAAUGGUGCCUACAUGAUGUAUCUAUAAUGGUGCCCACAUGAUGUAUCUAUAAUGGUGCCUACAUGAUGUAUCUAUAAUGGUGCCCACAUGAUGUAUCUAUAAUGGUGCCCACAUGAUGUAUCUAUAAUGGUGACCACAUGAUGUAUCUAUAAUGGUGCCUACAUGAUGUAUCUAUAAUGGUGCCUACAUGAUGUAUCUAUAAUGGUGCCCACAUGAUGUAUCUAUAAUGGUGCCCACAUGAUGUAUCUAUAAUGGUGCCCACAUGAUGUAUCUUUAAUGGUGCCCACAUGUUUUGUCAUCAAAACCAAAGGCAUACAUGUACACUACCUGUCAAAAGUUUCGACACACCUACUCAUUCAAGGGUUUUUCUUUAUUUUUACUAUUUUCUACAUAUAUCAAAACUAUGAAAUAACACAUAUGGAAUCAUGUAGUAACCAAAAAAGGGUUAAACAAAUCAAAAUAUAUUUCAUAUUUGAGAUUCUUCAAAAAGCCACCAUUUGCCUUGAUGACAGCUUUGCACACUCUGGUGUCAAGAAGGGCAGCGAGGAAGCCACUUCUCUCCAGCCACUUCUCUCUUCUAUUGGCUGUAUGACCAAUAGAAGACAUUGGUAUUCACUACAGGUAUCUGGCCUAUAGGAGUUUUGUCAGUUGGUGCUGGGGCUAUCUGGGCCGUAGGAACAGAAUGGUGCUGCAGCCUGCGUAGUCCUUCGCAUCCACCAGUUCCAAGAUGCCAAGGGAACCCCAUCCUGAAUGGGUUUGGGAGCUUGUCUGCAGAAAGAAAUGGGUCAGACAAACAGAAUAUGAGCUGCAAUACAUCGGAACCACUUGUGUUUGUAAAAUCCCCUAUGGGAAAAAUGAAUGGUGGAAAAAUGAUUGGAACCAUUUCCCUGUUUGACCGCUAGGUUUUAUGGGUAUUAUGACUCAUGCUGUGGUACUCUAUUGUGGGAGGCAACGUCUGCCUAGGCCCCAGGGCAGCGUUUCCCCUUUAUGAUUCUGACAUAACUUUUCAUGUAGCUAACUACAGGUAAAUAGUUAGUAGUAAUAGUUAUAGCUCCUGUAAAUAUAAAUGUCACGUCAGGUCAGAAGCUACCAGCAUCACCACAAUAUCGUAUCUUUUACUUUUAAUCAUCAAAUGGUACUCACACAUCUGAGCUAUCUUUUGUUCGUUGUAAUAAUUGAAUAACAUAAGAAAAAAGUACAAACGUUGCUGUUCUUUAUUAAGCUUCACGUUUCGGCCUCAAGGCCUUCGUCAGAGCUAGCUUUUAAUAACAAUGGCUAGCUAGAAGAAAAACUAUUUGGAGACUUACUUCUUGAAAAGGUUGCUGCUGGCUGCCGCUGCCGGAUGCAAGAUGGAGGACGAAAGCUGCAAAAUCCACUGGCUUGUGUAGCUACAGUAGCUACCUUGUCGAAGUGUGCUGUGCAACGUUCCAAAUCAAACAAAGUGAUUGUUCUGAUGGAAGACUGCAAAGAAACAGCUACUGCACAAUAUCUCUUGGUUUUGGCCGUGCACAACUAGAUACCUAGUUGUGCAUGUCAAUAUGAGGAGUAUCAAUAAUCUUCUUCGUGUCAAUUUCCGGCAGUCUAAACACAUUUUUGCGUAUUGCUGGCUUUCUCAGUUCGGAAUGUGGAACGGGCACGGGCCGUGCCGGACUGGACACACACAUCACUGGCUUGGUGCGGGGAGCAGGCACGGGCCGUACCGGACUGGGAACAGGCACCACUAGCUUGGUGCGAGGAACAGGAACGGGCCGGGCCGGACUGGCGACACGCACCAUUGCCUUGGAGCGAGGAACAGGAACGGGCCGGACUGGGAACACGCACCACUGGCUUGGUGCGAGGAGCAGGAACGACCCGGGCCGGACUGGGAACACGCACCACUGGCUUGGUGCGAGGAGCAGGAACGACCCGGGCCGGACUGGGAACACGCACCACUGGCUUGGUGCGAGGAGCAGGACUGGGUUCCUUUAUUAACCCCUGCUCCUGAUGCUGCCUAACCAGCUCCUCUCACCGUGCCUCUACUUCCUCUUUCUCCCUACGCGCCUCCUGCAGUGCCUCCUCCUGAAUGGAUCUCUCCCGCUCUAUUCUAUCUAACAGCCCCCGUAAUAUGGUGGCCUCCUCCUCCUCGCUUACCCGGCACUCCUCCUCCAGUGAGGACUCCUCCGGGAGACCCCACGAGUUAGGGAACAGAAACUCGUCGUCGUCAUCCUCCGACUCCUCAGUAUAAUUUUGUUCCCACUCCUCUUCCCAUGGUCGUAGGGACCCAAUCUGGAAACCAACCGGGUGCAGUGGUCGGGGCUCUUCUCUCUCGCUCCCCGACCACCCCUUUAGCCCCCCCCAAAAAAAUUAUUGGGGCUGCUUCUCGGGCUUCCUCCUCGGCCGGCUUCCGUGUUGCCGUUGCUCCUCUCCUGCCUGGGCUUCCUUCUUCGCCCAGGGUCCUUUUCCCCGCAAAUAUCUCCUCCCAUGACCAAAUCUUCCCCACCUGUGUCCAGGGUGUUCGGUCCUCCUGGGCACGCUGCUUGGUCCGUGUUUGGUGGGAUCUUCUGUCUCGUUCGUUCAAGGACAGGUCAGACCAAGGCGCAGCGUGAUAUGCACACAUGUUUAUUCAACUGAUAAACACACGACAAAACAAUAAACAAACGAAACGUGAAGUCCUACGGCUAACAAACAAUACAAGCCUCCAACACGGAAAAAAGAACUACCUAGUGCCAAUAGGCUGCCUAAGUAUGAUCCCCAAUCAGAGACAACGAGCGACAGCUGUCUCUGAUUGGGAACCACACCGGCCAACAUAGAAAUACACAUACUAGAUAACACAUCUAGAAAAUACACAACAUAGAAUAUACACACCCUGACUCAACAUAUGAGUCCCCUGAGUCAGGGCGUGACAGAAUGUGAAUUCCACAUUUGUAAAAAAAAAAAAAGAAAAAAAAAAAGAAGGGAAAAAUACAAUUUGCACCACCCCCUUACCCUGCGCCUAUAAAACCAAACCCCUUCCCCCUUAUUCCACAACUUUUUCCUAAUUGUUCCUAUUCCUGGCAACCGGCCUGGGAGGACGUGACUCCUUCCUACUCCUGGCAACCGGCCUGAGAGGACGGGACUCCAUUCCUACUCCUGGCAAACCGGCCUGAGAGGACGGACAGAACUCCUUCCUACUCCCUGGCAACCGGCCUGGGAGGAACGGGACUCCUUCCUACUCCUGGCAACCGGCCUGGAGGACGGGACUCCUUCCUACUCCUGGCAACACGGCCUGGAGGAGACGGGACUCCUUCCUACUCACUGGCACCGGCCUGGGAGGACGGAACUCCUUCCUACUCCUGGCAACCGGCCUGGGAGGACGGGACUCCUUCCUACUCCUGGCAACCGGCCUGGAGGACGGGACUCCUUCCUACUCCUGGCAACCGGCCUGGGAGGACGGGACUCCUUCCUACUCCUGGCAACCGGCCUGGGAGGACGGGACUCCUCCUACUCCUGGCAACCGGCCUGGGAGGACGGGACUCCUUCCUAUUCCUGGCAACCGGCCUGGGAGGACGGGACUCCUUCUUUCAAUACCUCCUGUAACACUUCUGCCGAUCUUUCACUCCCAAUCACUUUUCUACUUUUAUAAUCUGCGCCGCCUUUUCCCUCUGUGCAGUAAAUUAGCCAAGAAACCAACCUUGCUAAAACACAGACCGUUCGGGUCACUCAGUCUCCUGCCCAUCCUCCUCUACUUCCCUCACUGCCUCAGCAUGUGUCUCUUUCUGCACUGCUCGAAACCAUGGCAACCUUAACCUGUCUCACUCGCAAAGGACAUUUCUGAUCCCCAGCAACAUGAACCCCCCCCACAAUUGCAACAGACUACUUUUACUUUUUCCUCCAAAACUACACACUCCUUUGUCCCAUGCCCUCCUGCACACUUCUCACACCUCGGAAUUCCCUCCUGCACACUAUUGCGACAUGGACCAUAACCUUGGCACCUAAAACACUGUAGCGGGUUUGGAACAAACGCUCUCACGGGAUAACUAACAUAUCCUAGCAUGACUUUAUCAGGCAAACACUCAAUAUCAAAACUGAAAAGUAUAGACAGGGUCUUCUCAGUCUCGUGCUCGGCAUCGGAUCUGCGUCUCACCAAAUGGCGUGCAUCACAGACACCAGGGAUUUUCAACUUCAGUUGAUCCAUCUCCACACUCAAAGCUAUCCUAGUAAUCACUCCCUUCAGCGGUGCUCUGCUCCGGAGAGCAAAGCUAGACACAGCUCUUUUUCCCGAGGCGCGUGACACAGAGCGUCCGCUCCCAACGCAGGCUCUUCCUCUUCACUUUUGUCGGAUUUGAUUUCUGAACUUCCAUAAAAACCCCUCGGUGUCAACUCCCCAAAGGCAUUCUGAAAAGUAGCUGAAUUUGUCGCUAGAAUCUUUUACCAAUAAAAGUAGCUGGAGGGUUCUGAGAACUCGCUAAAUAUAGCGACAAAGUUGUUAAGUUGUCAACACUGGUACCAAUUUGACCAGGCAGUACCGGCAGCAGUAGGAGGAGAUAUUCAAAUCAAAGAUGAACUGUCAUUGGUCUAUUACAAUCAGACCGCCGGGUGGCGUUAUGCGCCGGGCCAAAAACACCAACCCACCUGACAUUACACAAAAAGGGCAUUGUCAUGAUAUUCACAAUUUCAGUGUUAUUUUGGCCUCAGUGUGGAAGUAUCAUGUUUUUAACUGCAGUGGGCCUUUAAAUCUUGAAUACACUACACGUUUGCAUUUCCUGCUGUGAUCAUCUUACAACAACAGGAUGAUCAAAUUAAGAUACUGCACCUGUAGAUAUUUUAUAUAAGGUAAAUGAUAAGAGGUGAUGUUUACCUGACCCCUUCUGACCCUUAACCCCUGACCCCUUCUGUUUCCUGUCCAGGCGAACGCUUGGCCAAACCAGAGAGAGGGAAGAUGAGAGUCCACAAGAUCUCCAACGUCAACAAAGCUCUCCACUACAUCACCAGUAAAGGAGUCAAGCUGGUGUCCAUCGGAGCUGAGGGUGAGAUGAAGACCUUAAAGACUGUAAAGAUAAAUGGACAAAGGGACUGA